AUGACUGAGAACAUUCACUUUCCAUUAUCUUCUGCAGAAUAUAAUGAGCCACAAACUUCAGGCUUGCAGCUAGCCCCGGAAUCCUGUAAUAAUGGGAGUGAGCAGCUAACAAAGUCCGCAGAUUCCUCCAAUGAGAAACCUAGCCUCUCAAUUAAUGUGGAGCCAUCCAGAGCAAAGGAAGAGACAAGCUCAACCAAUGACAGCAUCAGGCAUACGGCAGACCAUCUGGAAAUGGCACCAGAUAUGUGGAAACAGACUGAAAUGCAGAGAAACUUGGGGAAGCAAGAGCAAGCAGAGGGUGACAGCAGCAGAAUCCAAGGUCUGGUGAUGACGAAUGGCUUGCAUGUAGAGUUUGUGCUGGGGAAGGAGAGGGACUUUGAUGACAGGGAGGUAACAGAGACGCAGAAUAGGGUCCUGCCAAACAGGAGCGAUGUCAAUUUAGAAGGGAGGGACUCGCCAAACAAGGAGAUAUAUAGUGAGCCGCUCAUCAAUGUGCAUUUGCAGACAGCCCUGGACGCUCCGGAGGUGCUAAGUACUGACAACCCAGAGGAACAACUAAGGUUUGCACCUGGAGAAGCCAAGUUGAGUUGCACGGACGAUGACAAGGAACAGUUUCAGUUCAAAGACAUCAGGGAUGGAUUCAGUUCUACCUUUGAAAAAAUUGUGGAGUCAGACCUUAUGAAGGGCACCUACUACAGCAGCCUGGACUCUUUAGAUGUACUCUCCCUCACUGAUGAGACAGACAGCUGUGUCAGUUUUGAGGCCCCACUAACCCCAUUGAUUCAGCAAAGGGCUAAGGAAAGCCCUGAGGUUUUAGAACAGAAACUGAUUGCCCAGCAGAAAGAGUCCCUUCAACAUAUGGCAGCUGAUAAGCAAGAGCAGGCAGCGGCAAAGCCUGCAGAGGGGGAUGUUGGAAGUCCCUUGAGGCACUCUAUUACCAGCAGCAGGUCAGAGAAUGUGUUGAGCCGGUUAUCCUUGAAAAACAUCCCCAAUGGGUUCCAUGUCGAGGGAUCUGAGGAAGAUGCCUCAAAGCUGAUUAACUCCAUCAGUGACGCCAGCUUAAAAGAUGCUCUUUCUGACUCGGACUCUGACAUGGGCAGCACUGAGCAGCUAGACCAUGGCAGCACAGACACAUUAGCAAAUGGCUGCAAGGCAGAUAAUGAAGCUGCCAAGAGACUCGCCAAACGCCUCUAUAACCUCGAAGGAUUCAAGCGCUGUGAUGUUGCACGCCAACUUGGGAAAAAUAAUGAAUUUAGCAAGUUGGUAGCAGAAGAAUACCUCAGCUUCUUUGACUUCACUGGGCUGGCACUUGACAAAGCACUCAGAACAUUCUUAAAAGCAUUCCCUCUGAUGGGAGAAACCCAAGAACGGGAGCGUGUGCUGAUUCACUUCUCCCGGAGAUACUGCCAGUGCAACCCAGAGGAGAGCACUUCAGAAGAUGGGAUUCAUACACUUACCUGUGCCCUGAUGCUGCUAAACACAGACCUUCAUGGACAUAAUAUUGGAAAGAAGAUGUCAUGCCAGCAAUUUAUAGCAAACCUGGAUGGCUUAAACAAUGGGAAAGACUUUGCAAAGGAUUUGCUGAAGACGCUGUAUAACUCAAUAAAAAAUGAGAAGCUGGAGUGGGCAAUUGAUGAAGACGAACUGAGAAAAUCGCUAUCGGAACUUGUGGAUGACAAAUUUGGAGCCAGUGCAAAGAAAGUGACAAGAAUCAUUGAUGGCAGCAAUCCUUUCCUGGACAUUCCCCAAGCACUGAAUGCUAUUACCUACAAGCACGGUGUCCUCACGCGGAAAACCCACGCUGACAUGGAUGGAAAGAGAACUCCCAGAGGAAGAAGAGGGUGGAAGAAAUUUUAUGCUGUGCUUAAAGGGACCAUUCUUUAUUUACAAAAGGAUGAGUAUAAACCUGACAAAGAUCUCUCUGAAGUGGAUCUCAAAAAUGCCAUCCGAGUUCACCACGCCUUAGCCGCAAAAGCCUCUGACUACAGCAAAAAGUCAAACGUACUCAAAUUGAAGACAGCAGAUUGGAGAGUUUUCCUCUUUCAAGCACCAAGCAAAGAGGAAAUGCUGUCCUGGAUACUGAGAAUAAAUCUGGUUGCUGCCAUUUUCUCUGCCCCUGCCUUCCCAGCUGCUAUAUGUUCCAUGAAGAAAUUCUGCCGUCCCCUCUUACCGUCUUCAACGACAAAACUCUGCCAGGAGGAACAGCUGAAGUCCCAUGAAAAUAAAAUGAGGCAGAUUGAAGACGAAUUAGCAGAACAUAAAUUACAUCCUGUAGAGAAAAGCCUCAAGUCAAAAGAGGCUGAGGAGUACAGGCUGAAAGAACAUUACCUAAUAUUUGAGAAAAGCCGCUAUGAGACAUACAUAAGCCUGCUGUGUAUGAAGAUAAAAGUGGGGACAGACGAUCUGGAGAAAAUUGAAGCCAACUUUUUCACAGUGGAAGUUGAUGAUCUCUCCUUGCGGAAGACACAUUCAAGCCCUUCCUUGAGCCAAGGACACUUGUGUGUACAUAGCAAGGUAGAAAAGGACAUUAUAGAGGUGAACACUUAACAUGUAACACUAGUGUGGGGGAAAACAGUCAGUGAUCCUUAGUACUCCUUAGAUCAAUGAGCACAAUUUUACCUAGGAAACCAUAUGAACAAAAACAGUAGAAGUAUAUGACGUGGUGACUACUCAAACAAAAGAAAUCAAAGAAGCUUUAGUUUACACUUUGCUAAUUCUUACCCAGUGCUCCGGCAUUUCAAUGUCAUAGACUCUCCACUUUUUCUUCACAUCUUUAGCACUCUUGGCAUUUCCUUUACUACUGCGACCUGCAUACGCAAUAAAGGGACAGGUCGUGUGUAAAAAGGUUGGGCUGCUCUGUCGCCUUAUUUCACAUGCAGCAUUUCCAUCGAUCCACUCCUGCAGUUUCUGACAACACGGAGACACGACCAAACCUUGGGUUCUCUAAUCCGUCCCUUACCUUUUAAACAAUCAGCAGCAGGCCUGCAACACCACCAGCAUUUACAGUGUACAGGCAAGAAACAGCAGGAAGAAACAAAACAUCAAGAAGCAGAAUUCAACAUGUUGCAAUAAGACAGGUUCCACAAGACAUUUAUUGAAAAGCAAAAGGUGUUAUUAACAUGUGUGUGCAAAAAGUGAUCUGUGGGUUGCAAUAGUGGCACCAUAAGCCCUAUUGCUUUCUUUUUAUACAAAUAAAUAUAUAUAAAUAACUAUAUAUAGGGAAACUUUAAAAUGCUUAGAAAACUUGUUCUUAAAAGUACCACACUGCAAAAGGCAAGAUGGCUGGGGAACAUUGCCAGGAAAACAGUUUGAGGAUACAGGGGUCUUAAUUAUCUUGCAGAAUGAUUUUUAAAAUGUAGUAACCUGUUUCUUUUUUCUUUUCCUAAUGAAAUCCCAUAUGGCUUUGCUGUGAAACAUUGCUCUAUUGUUGACGCUUAUUAAACUAAAUAGCCAAACCACUGCUUCUUUUGUGUCCAUAACUUCUGCAGCUUUGAAUAGAGGCGCUAUCUGAGCAGUGCUUCAGAUACAAGCUUAACUACGUAAGUGGGGUGGGUGGGAAAUCUUAACUUCCGUCCAUUGAUAUUGUACUUACUCCAUUUUGCUAUGAGCAUACUAUACUCCUUUAACAGAAUAUUGUGUUCCUAUUUCUUUCUGUUGUCUGUGGUCCAAUUAUUUACUGUUAUAAUAGAAAUGAUUGCAUUGCAUUUCAGAUGCCCAUGAUUGUCUCAUGUGACUUUAUUUAUUUAUUUUCAUUUAGUAUUUCUAGGCAUGUUCACAGUAAUCAAGUUCCAGUUUUAAAGGAUCUUGUAGCUGCUAAUUACAGUAAUUUACAAUUUAUAUUUUUGCAGCUUUUUUUAAGGAAAAUAAAAGAGAUUUGUUUGGACUCUGUCAACUUUUGGGAGUUUAUAGACUUUUGGGUUUCCAUAAUGUCUCAUACCACUUAAAAACCUCCACCCAAUUUUACCUCUUCUUCUUUUGAUCUCUUUGGUUCUUUGUACAGUUUGAUAGUUUAU